GCUGAAUUUUUGAUGAUGGAAACAUAAUUUUAUCGAUUUAUGUAUAUACUUUUGUAUUUAGUCGAAAGGUGGUGUUAAAAAUCAAUGCAUAAAUGUAUUUUUCAUGAGCAUCUGUAACUGGUAGAUCAAGAAUUUGUUAGAUUAAGUAACAAUUUAACAUUAAUUGUGUAAAAAUGAGUUCUGAAAAAUCUUGACAGCCACACCUGGCUAGGAAAAUUAUAUCGUUACAUGGUUCUUUCAACCAAUUUACUGAUUAGAGAGUGAAGUUUUAACAUAGAACUAUGAUAGAGCCUGUAGCACCAUCUGAUGAGACCAUCAAGGUCGUUUGCAGAGUGCGGCCAUUGAACAGCUCAGAAGAAAAGGCUGGAAGUAAAUUUGUCCUCAAAUUUCCAUCGGACGAGACCAUAUCAUGUGGUGGUUUAGGAUCAGAAAGCCGUGGCCCUGCCAAGGUGUUUGCCUUUGAUCGAGUGCUGAAGCCGAACGUCUCCCAGGAGUAUGUGUACACAGUGGCUGCCAAGCCAAUUGUGGCAGAUGUACUCAGUGGGUACAAUGGUACGAUAUUCGCGUACGGGCAGACAUCCUCCGGCAAGACCCAUACUAUGGAAGGUGUUAUGGGUAAUGACGACCUGCAGGGAAUCAUCCCGAGAAUCGUCCAGGAUAUAUUCAACUUUAUCUACGGCAUGGAUGAGAACCUAGAGUUUCAUAUUAAAGUAUCCUACUUUGAGAUUUACAUGGACAAAAUCAGAGAUCUUCUCGAUGUGACAAAAACCAAUCUCUCUGUGCACGAGGAUAAGAAUAAAGUCACCUUUGUGAAGGGGGCAACGGAGCGGUUUGUGUCAAGCCCUGAAGAAGUGAUGGAGACUAUAGAUGAAGGAAAGUCGAACCGACACGUGGCAGUCACCAACAUGAAUGAGCACAGCAGUCGAAGCCACAGCGUGUUUCUGAUCAAUGUGAAGCAAGAGAACACAGCCACACAGAAGAAACUGAGUGGCAAACUUUACCUAGUCGACUUGGCCGGAAGUGAGAAGGUAAGCAAGACCGGAGCAGAGGGUGCAGUGCUGGAUGAAGCCAAGAACAUCAACAAGUCACUGUCAGCCCUCGGAAAUGUUAUCUCCGCACUGGCUGAGGGAAAUAAAAGCCAUGUUCCCUAUCGAGACAGCAAGUUGACCCGUAUCCUACAGGAGAGUUUAGGAGGCAACGCUCGCACAACAAUGAUCAUCUGUUGUUCUCCAGCAUCGUAUAACGAUUCAGAGACCAAGUCUACCCUGCUGUUUGGACAGAGAGCCAAGACGAUCAAGAAUGUGGUGUGUGUGAACGAGGAGCUGACUGCCGAGGAAUGGAAACGGAGAUAUGAGAGAGAGAAGGAAAAGAACUCCAAACUGAAGACUGUCAUUGAAAAUCUGCAGGCGGAGUUAGCUGCUUGGAGGAGCGGCCAAUCAGUUCCCGAAAACGAACAAGUUGAUGUUAAGAAAGCAGGCACCGAGGAUUCCAUGACUGCUACGCCCUCUACAUCAAUGAUUGGCAGUAUGACGGGUUCUAUUGUCAUAUCCGAGGCAGACAAAGCUUCCUUCGAGGCUGACAAGAUGAAAUUGUACCAGCUUCUUGAUGAUAAGGAUGAUGAAAUCAAUGAGCAAUGCCAGCUGAUUGAGAAGAUACAACAACAGUUGCUGGAGCAGGAGGAGCUGAUCGCUCAGGAGAGGAGGGAGAAAGAGUCCCUACAAGCUGACUCUGCCACUCUCUCUCAGGAGUAUGACUCUGCCAAGGAUGAAGUCAAGGAAGUCUUACAGGCCCUUGAGGAGCUGGCUAUGAACUAUGACCAGAAAUCCCAGGAAGUGGAAGCAAAGAAUAACGAAUAUGACCAGCUGAAUGAUGAACUCUCUCAGAAAAUUAACCUGUUGAACAGUCUACAGUCAGAGCUGGACACUACCAAGGAUUCCUCCCUUCACCAGCGUAAGAGGAUUACCGAUAUGAUGAUGUCUCUGCUUAGAGACCUCAGUGAUAUCGGCACCAUCGUGGGCGGAAACUCUGCUGAGACAAAGAUGGUAACGGGCAACAGUGACAAGAUUGAGGAGGAAUUCACCGUGGCUCGUCUUUACAUCAGCAAGAUGAAGUCCGAGGUGAAAACGCUCGUCAUGCGGGCACAGGCUCUUGAGUCAACCCAGGCUGAUGUCAAUAGCAAGCUCUCAACUGCCGAAAAAGAACUUGAUGAAUGCCGGCUGGUUAUCCAGCAGCACGAGGCUAAGAUGAAGUCCCUCCAAGAAACCAUCCAGGAUGUGGAUGCUAAGAAGAGACAGCUUGAAGAAAAUAUGGAUAUGCUGAAUGAGAGAGUUGUGGCUGCAGCAGCUGCUGAGCAAGUGCAUGUGUCGGCGAAGGAGGAGCUACAGACGUCCAUGGACAUGAAACAAGCCCUCGAGGCCCAGAUGGAGGUCCACAGAGAACAGCACUCCAAGCAGUUAUCCUCACUGAGGGACGAAAUAGCCACCAAGCAGGGCCUUGUGGACCAACUGAAAGACACAAACCAGAAGUUGACCUUAGCCCUUGAGAAACUGCAGUCAGACUAUGACAAACUCAAGCAGGAAGAAAGCGAUAAAUCAUCGCGUCUUGCUGAGCUGUCCUUACAGCGCGACAGACGUGAACAAGGCCGACAGGACCUUAUGGGCCUGGAGGAGACUGUGGCCAAGGAGCUGCAGACAUUGCAUAACCUGAAGAAAUUGUUUGUUCAAGACCUGCAGAACAGGGUCAGAAAGACCUCCAAGAAGGGAGAGGAGGAUGAUGAGGAAGAUGUGGGAGGCAGUGCCGCCCAGAAACAGAAGAUCAGCUUCCUGGAAAACAACCUGGAACAACUCACCAAGGUCCACAAACAGUUGGUGCGUGACAAUGCUGAUCUUCGCUGUGAACUGCCCAAGUUGGAGAAACGUCUACGAGCCACAAUGGACAGAGUAAAGGCCCUUGAAACUGCCUUGAAGGACGCCAAGGAGGGAGCAAUGAGGGACAGAAAGAGGUACCAGCACGAGGUUGACCGGAUCAAGGAGGCUGUUAGACAGAAGAAUCUUGCCCGCCGCGGACACGCCGCACAGAUUGCAAAGCCAAUCCGACCUGGUCAGCACCCCCAGCCAUCUGGAAACACCCCCCAGGGGAUCCGUGGUGGUGGCGUUGUCGUUGCCGCCAGGGCAUGAAGUGGAUAAAAUCAUGUUUCCAACAUCAAGAACUGACUAUCCAGAAUUUGUGUUCAGAGCAAAACUGUGGAAAAAUAGACUUUCUUAUUUAUUUAGUCGUUAUUAUCAAAAAUUACUGAAAAAACCCAGCCUGCAUAAAUGUAAUUUCCAAAAGUUUUGAAAAUUCAUUUUUUCUUUUGGCCGUGUGUGCAGCUGAUCAAAUCCUAGGAUUAUAGGUUUAUUCUAUAUAAAGCUUUUGAAUUCUUACAGUUAUUGAAAUUUGAGCCUAGUUUAAAAUUAGCUCAGAAAUAGCGGCGGGCACACACGGCCAUUUAAGAGACUUUCAUCAAAUAGCUGGGUUUUUUCAUAUCAGAUUACUGUUGUGAUUUUUGCAUUCCAUUCAGUGUUUAGCUUUCGCUUAUAAUAGCUAUUGUCAAUGUUGUAAACUGUUAAACAAUCAAGAAAUACAUUAUGAAGACUGUAACAUUUCAAUUUUGAAUGUUGCAACAUUUGAUUUUUCAAAGAAAUUGUCCAGAGAUGUUAUACUGGUAGGAAAUUUGAAUUUAUUAUGCAAUCAUGUAUGUAAUUCCAAUAGUAAAUUUGUAUAUUCUUAAGAGUGGUAACAUGUCAGUGAAGAAUUUGUCAAUGUUAUAUAGGGUGGUCUAGUGGUAUAGGUGUCCGUCCCUCACCCACGAGGUUGUGGGCUCAAUCCACAUCAGGGGCACUAUAUCACGGCCUCUCAAAAUGGCCAGUACUGGUUUCUACCCAGGAAACAGACUUGAGAGUGAUCCUAUAAGCUCUCAGCUUUCGUCACAAUCAAGCUAAAAGAAAUCAGUAUAAAUAAAAAGAGGAAUUUACAAAAGCAAUAUGCACAUACCGGUACUUUUGUAUGUGUCAAGGGCAGGAAAUGAUGUGUACAAAGGUGUAGGGAUGGGUUGGGUUAGAACAAAUGUAUGGAAUCUUUAAACGAGUCUCUGUUUGAAUUAGAAAUAGUGAGUGUAUAUGCAAUGUUUGAUCGAAAUACAGUUGAAUCUCGCUAUGUCGAAGUUGGUGGGACCCUGGGAAAUACUUUAUGAUAAAGUGCAUUCAAUAGAACAGAAAUAAAGAAGUGCAUAACUAAACCAAAAAAUAUUGAAAAAAAAUCGACAUAACCAGAACAUUGAGAUAACAGAGUUCGAUAUAGCGAGUUUCGACUGUAUGUCCUUGUGCCCUCAGCCCAUGUUUACUCAUUUCUUGGAUCUAAUUUAGACCUUAUAUAAUAUCAAUUUAUAUCAUUGUAAUGAGUUGAAGGUGUGUUAAUAAUUAUUAAUUUUUUUAUUUGUUGUAUGAAUGGCAAUUGAAAACAUUAAUGGUGCAGAGAUAGUACUUUUACAAUAAAAUAAAAUAGAAAACUUGUGAGACCUGUGGCCAUAUUCACUCGCAUCUUCAGACUUCGUUUAAGACUCAGUACUAGUCUCAGAAACGCAAUAACAAUUUCGAAAUGUAAUGAAAUUUUUUGGAGAAGCAGAAAGAUAUGUAAAUCUUGGUAAAACAUGUUAUAUGGAAAUGUUCUGCAAUUUUUACCACAAUUUGUUUAGUAGUAGAAAUUUGCACGCUAGUGAAUAUGGCGCUGGUCUUAACUCAGACCCAGGACUUGAGUGAACCCAGGCUGUAUACCUAAAUAGUUGAGUUGUGUUUUACAUCAUUAAUCAUAGUAUAAUGGAGACUGAAUGACAGUCAUAAAUUGUGGAUGUUAAUGUUGAAUUAUGGUGAAGUUCACUUUGUUAGAUGAUCUUUCAGACAUUUAUUGCAAAAACGUUACUUUUAUAGUCGUUAAAGCUAUUUGGUGCCUAGCAUAAAAAUCUUGCUCGAUAGAAUAACAAAUUGUGAUGUGAUCAAGUUUGGAAAACACUAUUUAUGUAGAUAAUGAAAUAUCACAUUAUGUGAUGUAGUUUACUUUGGUUUGAUUUGAUUUAUUUGUAUAGUGUAUUCUCAUUUGUGUUGGUCUCAUUAUGUUUUUAAAUUACGUGUUUAAAAUAUGGAUACUUCAGUUAUCCAAUUACAGUUCAUAUACGAUGUCAUAUAUGUAAUUGUAUCAAUUAGUUAACCACCUGUUUUUUUUCCAUUUUGACUUUCUAUGUUAACCCUUUACUUCAUAGAUACGCAAUUUUACUUAUCUAUCCAUAGCUUCAUAGAUACGGAUCUUAACGUUUUAUCCAUAGCUUCAUAGAUACGUAAUCCUACGUAUUCGUAAUGUAGGGGCAUUUAUUUUCAUACCUGAUGCUUGUUUAUGCGCUAUAAAUUCAUAUUCAUGAAGUAUAAACAUCGAUAAAUACAAUGCACUAAAAAAAACACUAUGUUACUAUUUAAAGAAUUUCGGAAAAUCGCGAAAUAAGGUCACUGGUAUCAAAGAUGCGUAAAACGUUGACUGCGCAGGUUUGUGGGCAUUUCUGUCUCGUUUUCCUCGUGGAAAUUUACACAAUACUGCAAGUUAUAAUUAACUACCAAUAAUACAACUAUAUUUUAUUGAUCACGCGCCUGACGUCACAGGUCAUGGUUCGAAAACGUGUCAAAAUGUCGGCCAUGUUGGAUAAACAAAAAAUCAUCUGGCUUGUAUAAACAAAGGCCAUAAAUCAUUAUAUGGGACAUAUGUGUCACUUCUGUUUCGCUAAUCCGGUCAUAAAAAUGCGCAUCUGCUUCUACAAAUUGAAAGUAAGUACAAAUGUGUUAUAAAAUAAUGACUAUCCCUAUUGUUAAACUUUGACAUGACCCAAUUUAACAUCGAUCAGCUGUUGAAACACGUGUUUUCGAAUACACAAGAAUGCAAUGUAGAGCUAAUUUCUGCCCUUGUUAACUUCAGUUUUAAACAACAUUCCUGAAUAAUGUCAUUUAUAUUUCAGUGUUUGUCUGACGAAUCGGAACAGUCUGGCUUCAAUUAAAAUGAGUUUGAGACAUUGAGUACGACGUCGAGAAUUCAGACCUCGGCGUCACGCACACAAGGAUACGAGAAAUGAGGAUUUUUAAAAUCAAACCCAAAUGACAAUACAUGGACAUGCAAUAAACGAUAUAAAUUUAGUAAACAAUAACAUGCAGGCCUCAUUUAGUAGUUGAAUAAUAACUUUAUUUGUUCAUUGUAGUGUUAAAUAACCGAAAGUUAUACGUACUGUGACUGUUGAUCAACUUUUUUUUUCUUCUGUAUCAUAUAUAUAAAUAUACCGUGCUUCUUUGUUGUGAACUAUUUUUUAAUUCUGUCCAUCUUUGUUUCAAUUCAGGUUGCAUUAAAUGAAUUAUAAAAAUAUGUUGUUUAUAUAAUAUUUCGUGUUGUGUUUGAUAAAUAAAAGUGUAAUAAAAAUUAAUUUUCAUCAAAUUUGACAUAUUUUUCUGUUUGUUUAUGAAUAUCAUGCGGAAAUAAUUUAGAUAACAAAAUAAAAUUUAUAUGACUGGAUUGGAAAUUUAAUUCUCUAUAAACUUUACAUUGAUGACUUAUUGAUUAAACCAAAAGAAAUACUAAGAAAAUAGGUUUGUAAUACAUUAGGGUUAAAAUUCCAAUAAUAUCAAUAAUCUCCUAUGAAGUAGGGGUACUGAUAUGAACUGAUAAGCCAUGAACUGGCAGCCUGAAAUGGCUUAGGUUUACAUGAAGUAAAGGGUUAAAGCUGCCCUCUCACAGAUUGAGCAUUUUAACAAUUUUUUUUUAAUUUUUUGUCCUGGAAAGAGUAAUUUUUUGCGUAAAUAUCUGCAAACGAAUGGUAUAAGAUUGCUGACAAAACAAAACAGAUCAUAGAAUUUCAUAUUUUCAUUGGAAAAUUAAUGUUUUAUGGCUUAAAUCCUUACUCACAGAUUAAGAAAAAUGCAUUAAACAUCAAUUUGAACUUAAAAAUGAGCAUCUGCGAUCUAAUUUUUUGUCAGCAGUCUUAUAUAGCUGGUUUCCAUGGAUUUACGCAAAAAUUGUCUCGUUCAAUGAUAAUAAAAACAAAGUUGUCAAAACGUUCAAUCUGUGAGAGUGCAGCUUUAAGAGGAAUUACAAUUAUUUCAGAUAUGGAGAAUUAUCUGAAUAGAAUUUUGUUUUUUCAUAUUAUGUGUAAGAAAUAAAAACAUUUUCUUACAAUAACCCUCAAGCUGUAGGUGUUAUUUAUAUGAGAUUUUAUCACCCAAACUUAGUUAUUGUGAAAUGAAAUAAAAUCUUUUUUUUUUAUAUGUUUGUUUUGUAAAGGCAUAGUUCUAAAAUUCUAAGCAUCAGAGUAUGUCACUGUGAAGUGUCAAUGUAUAUGAAAUGGGAUUUUCAUAAAAAAUGAAAAUUUAUAAUUUAAAUAAAAUGGCCAGAAACAUGUUCAAAAUCAGUAGCAUAUAAGCUAUACUACAUUGUUGUGUAUUUGACCUCCCUAUGAAAAGUUUGUGAACUUUUAAAUUACCUAUAAAAACAUGGUAAGCUUAGACCAACCUCUGAAAAGCAAGUAAUUCCUCAAUAAUUGUUACAGGGCGGGCUUUAAAUAUUGGCCACUGUCAAUUUCUGGUCUCUGCAUCAAAAACAUAUGUUCUGAUCUACAUGUACAUUGACGCUGCAUUUUAUGGAAAGAGUUUUGUGUAGAUGUAUACUUCCACAAUAUCUGUGCAAUAUAUGUUAUUAUGUAUUUAUUAUCUGUGUAUUAUUAUCAUCAUCAGUCUAAACUGUGUAUACUUCAUGGUGAUGUAUUAUUGUUUUUUCAAAUGGAAAUUAAGGAAAUCAUAUAAUUGUGAGGAAUGACAUUGAUCGGUCCAAUGAAAUUAUCCGAGAGUCAAAAACUAGAAAAUGCCUAAAUUUUUGUUACAGAAGUGUCCAUUGAUAUGUAGUGAACCUAAGUCUGUAAAAAUCUUCCAACAGAUUAAUUCUAUUUGAUGUUGAAAAAUGUAUGCUUUUUAGAGUGUACAUGUAUUAAUUUAUGCUAAGAAAACUACAAAGUUUGUCGGUAUUUUUGCUGGAAUUAGAAUAAUGAGGGAGAUUGAUUUAUGGUUUUUAAAAUAGCAAUGUCUGUCUAUGAUAAUGUGAAUGAACGACUGUAGGAAAUUUAUGAUGAUUAUAGAACAAUGUCACUGAUUGACUUUUAUUGUCAAUUAAUUCUGAGAAAAUAAUUUGUUGUCAUAAUUGACAAUUCAAGUUGUAAAGCUGACAGUGUCCUUCGAUGCAAAACAUAUGGGUUUUGUUUAAGUGAAUUAUAAGAAAAUUAGGGUUAUGAUUUUGCUGCGUAGCUUGAAAAGGGAAGAUAUAGACUGAAACUCACAAGCAUGGUACUCUUUGUUUCAUUACUGGCAAAAAAAUAUGGGUGUAUGUCUUUUUAACAUUGCUGCCCACUAGUAAACAAGAUCAUUUAAAAAAAAAGAUAUGGCCUUUUGGGUCCUCAACAGUUAAUUUUGACAUGAAAGGUUGGCUUAUACUUUUGUCUUUUUGUAACGGCCCGAUACUUUAAGAAUAAGGAAGGAUUGUAAUUAGUACAACUUAAUGCAGUUAAUUAUUUUAUGACGAAGUGAAGAAAUACUAAAACUUCAAUAGAAAAAUUCAUAGAUUUUAAAUGAUGUUAAAAAGUUGACAAUUUACUGAAGGAAUAACAUCGUAAAAUGCUAAAAUGAAACAUAAUAUUAUAUCAAAUUUAUCUUUGCUCAGUGAGUUGUACCUGGUACAAAAGUCUGAAUUAAGGGGCAUUAAAAAGGAAUAAAGUUGAUUAAAUGCCUUUAUUCCGUCAUCAACUCGAGACUUUGAGUCUUCUUGGUGCAAAGGUGUCAUGGUAUUCUAUGCGGCGAUUUGUUUUCUUUCAUGGUCAUUUCUUUAAAUAUCAAUGUGCUAGAUCUGUCUAGGUAAAGGUUAGUGAUUAAUUGUUUUAAAUUUAUUAUUUGGUUGAAAUUUUAAAAUUUUCGCAUAACCUGACACGAAAUUUCUUUACCAGUGAUUAAUAUAAAAUGCUUGCUAAGAUCUACAAACCUAAGUGCAGAUUUUCGAUUCUUAAACAGAAUGUACAAUGAGACUCAAUUUUCAUUCCAAAUUUGUAUAAGGGCCCGUUUAAUCAGUGAUUUAGAUAAUCACCAUUUUCAUCCCAGCCAAGUUAAUUUUUAAAUGUCUGAGUCUUAAAAAUACCAACGAUUUCAAAGUUAAUGUUUAUUCUCUUUGUUACAUAUAAUUUGUCAAGAAUGAAAUCAAUCAAAUGUUCAUGGAAUUGUAGAGUGUUUAAAUUUUGCAUGGUCUUUUUUUCAUGAUAUCGGUUAAUAGAUAUUUUGCUUGGUUAUAAAUUCUCGAUCCUCUCUAUUCAAGUUCAAGUUAUUCCCGCUCGCGAAAUUUAAACACCCUACAGUAUGUCCAAACUGUGAUCUAAAUGUCAGAGGUCGUAUGAACUGAAUUUCAGUGUGUGUAUGAAUAAUGUGAAUUGAUUACCAUAUAUUUUUUGCCUAGAAUUACAACACAAUCGUGAUGUUUUGAUUUCUGUUCCACCUUGCUACAUUCUUGUUUAUUGACAUUUCCCAUUUAUUUGAUUGAUUUUUCCGGAGAAUUUGAUAUUUUUGGAAACAAAAUUGUUAAUUAAUGGGUCGCGAAAAAAGGAAUUUGUGUUGGUGUGAAGCAUAAGUGACUAGGCCUUUUUUUUAGAAAGAUGUAUUAGGAUGAAUUAACUAAAUAUGUGAAAAUGGUUAUUAGUCUCUAUUUAAUAGCCAUUUGUCAUGUAUUUUGUAAAUAAAAUCUUCCAAGAAUUUUUUUCUCUCUAAACCAAAGGAGUUAAACAGAUGUUUACACGGAGUCUUUUACUUAAGUUAAAGUUUGAAUAGCAACGAGUCUGUUCUUAAUUUAAAUCUUUUUAUAGCCUUAGUAAGAAAUUAUCGAAAUAGGAAACCACAAACUAUUAAUUCUUAUCAUGGGUUGGAGCAAACUUGUAACAAAAUUUAGAAAUUCCAUCACAUGAGAAAUCUUUCCUUAAAAGUGUUGCAGUUGAUUUAAAUGAGGACGCAAUGAUGGUAUGUACAUUUUCGGGGGAAGAACAUGGAAGGAUUGCAGAAUGCGGUCUUCUUCCAUAAAAAUCAAGUUUGAAGCUAUCUUUUGAAUGCCCUUUCUGCUUGAAAUGUAAGUUUAAAAACAAACAGAACUAUUUUGAAAAAAUAACAGCGAAUAUUUAAACAUUGCAAAAAAAGAAAUAUGUUAUGCAAAAAAAGAAAUAUGUUAAAAAAAUAUAUUUGUGAAAUGGUGAUGCAAAGCAACUGGAUUGUUUUGUUUUCAUGUUUUGAAUGUUUUAUUAAAAGAAGAAAUAGAAAGGGGAUUCUCUCAGGGAUAAGCUAGAAUGAUGGUUUAUCGUGAGGACAGGUGAUGAAGUAUGUUUACUUGAAAGUUUAAGGAAGUUUUCUCUCUACCAUAUUUAUAUGCUUCAAUAUUCUUCGACUGUCUGCUUUGAGGACAGAGAAGUCGCUUAAUGCAUAAAUUACUGUUGAAACAAGUUGUUAAAGACUUGUCUUGACACAAUGUAUUGAAUAAAGGCAUUGUUUUAAGCCAGCUUAUGCUAGGGUAAUUAGAGAAUAUUAAUUAAUGAAAACCAAGUUUGACAGGACAUAUCUACAUAAUUGUCUCAUAAAAUAACAAGAAUUGAAUUCAAACAAGAAUUUAGUAGCUUGAAUACAGUUGUACAGUAGUCAGUUUUGUUUUUGAAGUUUUAUGGAAAUCUCCAGGCCAAGGAUAGUUAUACAACAGUCUAGCAAUCGAGUUUUUGUUUUAUAUUUUGCACUGGAAAUGUGUAACUUCAGGAAUCCAACCCAAAAAUAAGCUAAUUCUGUGAUAACUCCAUAAACCAUGAUGUUAAAUUUUCAUGUCUGCGGGUGACCACAAAUAAUUUUGAUAUCAUUUGAAAGGAUAUUACUCGCUGAUAACUAAUAAAUCUGAUAUAGGACCAAAACUACAUUGUUUGUAAGUAAGUUCUUGUACCGUGUAGUUUUUUUUUUUAUCUAUUUCAACUGAAAUCAGAUGUGUAAUGAACUACUGGUGUUUGUAAUUUUUCAAGGUCAUACUGAAGCUUGUUGGAUACAUUAUUUAUAGUAUACAUGUAAAGGCAAACUUCUACUAGUAUUGUCUGAUGAUUUUGGGACGGCCAUAUAUCAUAUUAAUCUUUACAAGGCAUAAUCUCUGCUAAGAACUGACAAAUUAUCAAUUCAUAAACUACAAAGUGAUGAAAACCUUUCUCUUAGCAAAUGCUUUGUUUACGUCAAUAGAAAUUAAAAAUACUAAUUGGAAACCGCUGUACAACUUGUUAGCCGCUUUGAACUUUGAUAUUACACUUAAUAUGUUAAUGUUAUUUCUUUGACCUUUUGAAUUGUGGGAUGUUUUUAUUACAUCAGUCAAUAGUUGUGGUCACUCUGAUGAUCAAAACAUACGAACUAUUAGUUGCAAAAUUGAUGAUGUUUUAUGUUCUUGUUAUUAUGAUACUUAGUGAUAAAGUCAUUGUUGAAUUUGCCUGAAGUACUUUUGUGAACGUAGUGACGUAUAUAACACAUUGGUAGUGGCGUAUGUAUUUAUCUCGUGCAUUUAUUAUUUCACCAAUAUACUUGAAUAUGUUAAAAGUUUUUGUAACCAAGGCAAUGUUUUUGAGUCCUUUAUUAUCAGAAUAUUGUUACUUCUAUGUAUUUACCUAGCCUUCAACUUAGACCGGAUAUUAACCAAUUGUUUUGUCCGCUUGACAUUAAGCAAAGAAAUACCAUGACACCUAAUAUGACAUAAUUAUUAUGGUGGCCAUUAGAAGUCUUAAUUGGCAAAGGUUAUGUUUCUAUAUAUCACCUGCAAACGACAUGUAAUGCUUCCUUUGAGAAAGAAUGAUGCCAGAGAUUUGACAGUUAUAAAGAUUGCUUGCAAUGCAGUGAUAACUCCUUCAAUACAUUCAUGUAGUUAUUUCAGUUUUGUUUACAACUUAUAAAUGGUCGCCUUGUGAACCACUCUAAAAAAACAACGAUGCUGCUCUUUGACUUUUAUUCCCUUCUUGACAGACACUUACAGCAACAAGAAUACUUUUAAUUGCCCAUGAUGUCCAUCGUUUCCUUUGUUUACCAACUUAUUUGUCUGCAUUCUGCAAAUAAUUUUUCCUUAUAAUUAAAAUAGCUGUAUGUUUUUCAUGGAUUUGCAUUCAAGAAUGUAAAAUAAUGAAAUGAUGGAGAUAUAAGGCAUGCGAGGGCUUUUGCAUUGAGAAUGAGAACAAAUAAGGGAUCAUUAUGUACAGUGGCAUCGAUUUCCGGGUCACACUGGAAUUAUUGAUCUGGUUUGUUAGCUAAUCUUUACCAAACUUAUUUACAAUAUUUUUAGACAGAGUUUCAAUCAACAUCAAGAUCAAACUAUUAACCCUUGAAUUGAAAAAAACCCCACCAAAAUCACCUUCCAAAUGUAGAUGCUCGUAGCAGGCACAUAUUCCAUUCACUGAAUAUUUAUGCCUUAUAUGUUUAUCAAAGCAUUGAUUCGCAUUUUUGCAUCUAUAUUCAGAUGAAAAGGAUGAUUGUGCCAAGUACAAAUUUAUUGAUCUUAUUGGCCCUUGAAUGUUCAGAAAUGACCUUCAAGAAAGGAGAAGAAUUGAAGAAUUUUUGCAUAUUUAGAUAAAAAAAGAUAUAUAAUGUUCUUAGUAUAUAUGUAUCGAGCUAGUUCUGCCUGUGCAGUGAUGCUUUGUGAUUCAAGUUUUUAUGACUGUCUGAAAAUCUUAAGAACCUUGUAUAUGAUUUAGAUAUUUAGAUGUAAUGAAAAACUGAAAUUCAAUUCUAGAAGCAAAUGAAAAACCAAACCAAGGUCAUGAUUUUGUUUGUAUUCAGGGAGACCAAUACAUAACAAGAUAUACUAACAUCAAGCACCAAUUUACCAAUCAACCACAACACAUACAUGUCGAACACUAACGCAACAGAAACCUUGAAACAGGCCUUGUAACGACAAACACGGAUAUUGAAAAUCACUGUCUUCAUUUGUGCUUGGUUAUAACAAUGAAACAGAAUUGUUACUCUUUUUUUUUACAUAAACAUAUAUACCAUAACAUCAGUCACAGAUAAAAGCUGAAUAUUAUAAAUACAUCGUGUAUGAAGAUAAAUUGAUUCACCAUACGUCAUCAAUAAUGACAUGGGUUCUCAUUUCUUCAAAUAUAAAUUUUAUGAGGAAGAAAUAAUGAAAAUGACAUAAUUAUUCAAAGGUUGGACUCAAUAUUCAAAUGCUUUGAUAUUAUAUUAACACUUUGGGUGGGGUAUUUCCAGCCAAAGUAUUGGGUCAUAUGGCUGAAGGGUUUGUAUGUCAGGCCAUUAAAAUACCUUGACCUUCUAAAUAGCUUAUCAAGUGGGUUUUUUCUUUCAUUUUUUAUAAUAUAUUAACACCUUGGGUAUGGUAUUUCCAGCAAAAGUAUUGCCUCAAAUGACUGAAGGGAAUGUAUGAGGGGUAAUGAAAAAUAUGUAGACUUUCUUAAUAUCUUAAUUCGUUUUGAAGUCCUCAUGAUGUAUGGUGAAAAUACAAAUUGACAAAGACUUUCAAAGAAACUGCAAGAAAAAUAUUUUAUUUUAAUUGACUUUUUGGUAUUUCUAAGAAUGAUUUAACAAUUUAAAGCUACCAUGGAGCACACUUUUUUUAAUAUCCCUCUUACAGCUGUAAAUUCUGGGUCUUGGUACUGCAGCUUGGUCACAGUUUACCUUUGUAGAGUUCUUCUGAACUAUUUUUCCCUUAUUAAUUGAUAUGGUCAUGUUGGGAUAAACAGGGUGAAAUAGGGUUUUCUAAGACUAUUGAUAUGUUGGAUGAUUUUAUGAUUGAUUGUUGCAUAGACCUUCAUACGACUGCUUUAGUACUUAAUUAUGCAUAAGCCAUUUGAAAUAUACUUUGCAUUAAUGAGCUUACUUAACCUAAUUAACUGUUAAAAAAUGGAAAUUGAUCAAUUAUUUUGUCAUUUGAAAUUCUUCAACGCUAUGUGACUUAUAUGGAUAUGUUUUUGGGACUCGGGUCACUCCUUCACGGUAAGCAUUACAGGUUAGUAAAUGUGUUAGGCGUAAACAUUGAUGCAUCAGAAUAAAGUAUGUCAGCACAUCAUGCUAAGCCUAGCUUUACGAGAAAAGGUUUCAAGGUUUUAUUGGCUAAGAUGACAAACAAAUCAGAAAUUAAAUGUCUCAAAAAGCAAACAUUUGUGUGUUCUUUCCGUCAUUUAAUUAAAACUGAUCUUAAUUAUUUUGGUGUAGUUACAGGUGCCCUUCUGACAGCCUCAUACUUUAUGAAAUACUGUUGCUGUAAAAUAGUGCUUAAAUUUAUUAUGUGACAUAGUAAAGUUUAUACAAGAAAUAAAUAGUCAUGUUUUGGGCAUUUAUUACUUGCCAUGUGUUUAUAAUACCUCAUACUAUACACAAAUGUAAAGUGUCCAAGUUGUUUAUGUUUAAAAUCAAGCAGUUCUAAAGCAACUAGAAAUAGAACUUGAUUAUGCUAGCUUUUUAGGUGCCAGCAUUGAUGGUGCCUGUUCUGAACUUGUGUGCUUAUUUAAAGAAAGUGCUGUUUUUACCUGAUUAGAAAAUAAGUCUUUGGCAUACAGUAACUGUAAUGAAUUACCAUGUAUCAUAAUUCAUAUACUUUGCAUGUUCUUCAACAUUUCGUAUUUAAGCCCUGUUACAUACUGUGUUUGAAUAUUUUAAUGAUACUAAUGUAUAUGACAAACUGGUAUAUGUGUAUCAAUAAUUUAUUAGUUAUACCCCCCAAAACAAAGUUUGGGGGGGGGGGUAUACUGGAAUCGGGUUGUCCGUCUGUCUGUCUGUCCGUCCGUUUUUUUUUUGUCCGGGAUUCAUCUUUGUCGUUAUUGAACAAAUCUUUUUCAAACUUUCAGAUAUUAAUGGCCAUGAUGUAAACUUGCGCCUCUGUGAAAUUGGUACGGGUCACAUGACCCUGACCAGAGUUAUCUCCCCUUGAUGUGUUAAAGUAGGCAAAAUAAGCCCUGUCCGGGAUUCAUCUUUGUUAUUAUUCAACAAAUCUUUAUCAAACUUUCAGAAAUUAAUGGCCAUGUUGUAAACUUUCGCCUCUGUGAAUUUGGUACAGGUCACAUGACCCUGACUGGAGUUAUCUCCCCUUGAUGUGUUAAAGUAGGCAAAAUAAGCCCUGUCCGGGAUUCAUCUUUGUUAUUAUUCAACAAAUCUUUAUCAAACUUUCAGAAAUUAAUGGCCAUGUUUUGUAAACUUUCGCCUCUGUGAAUUUGGUACAGGUCACAUGACCCUGACUGGAGUUAUCUCCCCUUGUAGGCAAAAUUAGCUUUGUCCGGCCUAACUCCAGGGCAAACAACCUAGACAUGGAGGGGUGGGGGGUAUUCGUUAGCCUAUGGCUUACAGUUCUAGUUACUUCUACUAAUAAAAUGUGUACAUGAUUGUUGUGGUCUGUAAUUUUGUAAAUUGUACAUACUUCUAAUACUGAUGUGUGAUUCUAUGCUUAGAAUUUCAGUUGCGAAUUUGCCUCAGCUUUGUGAAGAUUUUUUUUUUCGACACUGGAAAUAAACUGCUACUCAUGUCUGUUUA